AUGUCAACUGCCAUACACCCUCCAGAUUAUUCCGACGUAUCAGAGCGAUCAUUCAGUGAACAUAAUGAAUCACAAGAGUUUUCAGAAGAUCAAUGGAAAGCGUUAGCGAAGAUCAUACGUGAUGUGGGACCAAACUUAUCCCCCGACGAAGAAUUGGGAGAUUUAGCAGCUGCUGAAGCUGCUGUGAACGCCAAAGACUCGGAACGCACUGUUGUGGUUGAUACAGCCAGAGAGGCACUGAGGUCACUAUCACGUCAACAUGCUCAGGCAUCCACAGCAGCUCAACGACCACCUUCACAUCCAUCAGCAACAGAACACGAUGCUCAAGUACGUACGUUGGAGCAGCAACAAUACGCAACUGGUAAACAAUUAAACGAGGAACAAGCUGCAGUAGCUAAAAAAGAAGUCGAAUUGGGUAGAUGGAAAAACGAAAAAGAAGAGGUAGACAAAUUGCAGAUUGGUGAAGAAGAUUGGGCAAAUGGUAAAAUAAUUCGGUUAAAAUUACUUUCAGAAGCUGGAUUCUCCUUAGUACCUCCCAAGGAUAACGCGGGAUCUACAAAAGUACUUAUUCGAAAUGACGCGAAGGAUGAUGUCCACUCAGUACCGAUAGACAAUUCAAGAUCAAAAGCUUAUACUGCUAAUUUGAUCUGGAGUUUGGCGAGUGAAGGUGUCUAG